UGGAGACUGACUAUGCACCCUGAGUCAGAGUUGUGGGGACUACCCAGGACACCAAUCCCCAGGUUUCUGUUUGUCCAAACAAGGGUGUGUGUGUGUGUGUGUGUGUGUGUGUGUGCGUGUGUGUGUAUUUAUGGGAUGAAUCACAACUAAACAAGGAGAGGCCUCCGCAGUUGCCAGGAAACCAAAAUGUAGAAGGAGGACACUAGGGAGGCUGGAAUGAAAGGAGGAGAGGGAGGGACCCGAGCAGAGACAACACCCCCAGUGCAUAUGACCCGUUAGGCAUCCCUGCCCCUGGAGGAGGCUCAGCACAGAGGGAGGAACGACGGCAGAGCUGAAGCAUCUGGACAGAAGUGUUUGUGAGAGUUUCUGGAGCCCAAGCUCUUCUCACAGAGGGAGGGACAGAGCAGGCAGCAGACACCAUGGAGCACCCAUCAGCCUCUGCCCACAGAGGGCACAUCCCCCGGCAGGGGCUUCUGCUGGCAGUCUCACUAUUAAUCUUCUGGAACCCACCCACCACUGCCCAACUCACUAUUGAAUCGGUGCCGACAGAUGCUCUUGAAGGAACGGAUGUUCUUCUACUUGUCCACAAUCUGCCUGAGAAUCUUUUAGGCUAUGUCUGGCUGAAAGGGGAAGGAAUAGAUCCCGAUCAACAAAUUGUAAUAUAUGUGAUAGAAACACAAGAAAAUACCCCAUGGCUUCUAUAUAGUGGUCGAGAGACAAUAUACCACAAUGGAUCUCUGCUGUUCCAGAACGUCACCCGGAAUGACACAGGAUACUACACCCUACAAGCCAUAGACCAAGAUUUUAACAAUGCAGUGGGAACUGUACAGCUCCGCGUAUACCCGGAGUUAACCAAACCCAACAUCACAUGCAACAACUCCAACCCCGUGGAGCACAAGGACCCUGUAGUGUUAACAUGUGAACCUGAGACUCAGAACACCACUUACCUGUGGUCGAUCAACAAUCAGAGCCUCCCGGACAGCGCCUGGCUGGAGCUAUCCUCGGACAACAGGACUCUCACUUUACUCCGUGUCACAAUGAAUGACACAGGACCCUAUGAGUGUGAAACCCGGAACCCAGUGAGUGCUCGUCGCAGUGACCCAUUCUACCUCAAUGUUCUCUAUGAUCCAACACAAAGAAAUUCUGCUGGCCUCUCAGCUGGGGCCAUUGGUGGCAUCAUGGUUGGAGUCCCAGCUGUGGUAGCUCUGAUAGUGGUCCUGGUGUACUGCCUGUGUAUGAGAAAGACUCGAGAGUAUUAUGGCCCUUUUUAG